UCUGUGUUUUGGAAGCGCACUCGGAUGACUGCGGGAUAUAACACUGUGACAGGACAUUUAAAAAUCUUGUUUGUGGAGUAAAUUUCAUGGAAAAGUGUUGUUUUCUUUUUGUGCAGGAGUAAUAUGAAAUGCAAUUUUAUUCCAGAGCUUUUGGAGAGAAUAAACUGAUGAAAUGGCACGUUCACUGAUUCACGUGAAUCUUGUUGUGGGCAUUUUACUGAUUUUGACGGCCAGUCUUCAAACUGGAAACGCUGAGCCAAAAUUUGAGGAGGGGAAGAUGUCCUGUCAAGGUGCUUUCGACUUGUAUUUUGUCCUCGACAAAUCAGGAAGUGUCAAAAACCACUGGAUUGAAAUUUACUCCUUUGUGGAGCAUCUUGCUGAAAAAUUCAUAAGUCCGAUGUUACGGAUGUCUUUCAUCGUCUUCUCAACGCGGGGAACUACAAUUAUGCGACUCACAGAGAACAGAGAUGAUAUUACCAGAGGCUUAAAUACGCUAAAGAGAGAAAUACCAGGAGGUGAUACAUACAUGAAUCUUGGAUUGGAAGAGGCCAAUGUGCAGAUAUAUCAUGGGAAUUAUGGAGCAGCCAGUGUGAUCAUAGCACUGACGGACGGGGAGUUAAACGACCAUCAGUUUGUCACAGCACAGCAAGAGGCGCAGAGAGCUCGGUCUAUGGGAGCCAUCGUUUAUUGUGUGGGUGUAAAAGAAUUUAAUGAGACACAGUUGGCCACAAUUGCAGACACCAUAGAGCAUGUUUUCCCUGUAAUUGGAGGAUUCCAGGCGCUUGAAGGAAUGAUAGACUCUAUCAUCAAAAAAUCCUGCAUUGAGAUUUUAGCAGCCGAGCCGUCCAGUGUGUGUGCUGGAGAUUCCUUCCAAGUGGUUGUGCGGGGAAAUGGAUUUUUGCAUGCCAGAAAUAUCAAUCAGGUUCUGUGCAGCUUCAAAGUCAAUGACACAUCUACAGUGAAUGAACGACCAGUCAGCGUUGAAGACACUCUCCUUCUUUGCCCUGCACCAAUCAUAAAUGAAGCAGGAAAGGUGAUUUAUCUGCAGGUUAGCAUGAAUGAGGGCUUGUCCUACAUCACAAGCUCAGUGCACAUCACCACUGCUGAAUGUUUUGAUGGGACCAUCCUGCUGAUCUCUCUGCUGGCUGUUUUCCUGUUGUUGGGUCUGGUGUUGAUGUGGUGGUUUUGGCCUCUGUGUUGUACCGUGGUCAUCAAGGAAGCGCCUCCACCUCCUCCACCCGAGCCUGAGUCUGAUGAUGAAGAUGGCUUGCCAAAAAAGAAAUGGCCUACAGUAGAUGCUUCCUACUAUGGAGGAAGAGGAGUCGGUGGAAUCAAAAGAAUGGAGGUGCGGUGGGGGAACAGGGGCUCCACAGAGGAAGGAGCUAAACUGGAGAAGCCAAAGAACGCUGUGGUGAAAAUGCCUGAAGAUGAAUACGAGCCCUAUGAACCCAAACUCAGAAAGACUUAUGGGGGCAGAUCUGACAACCACAGAAAGUGGUACAGUCCUAUUCGGGGGAAACUGGAUGCUUUGUGGGCCCUUUUCCGUCGAGGAUAUGACCAGGUGUCACUCAUGAGACCUCAACCCGGAGAUCAGGGGAGAUGCAUCAACUUUACCCGGGUGAAAGCAGAGGAGCCAAGGUCACCAGCACACAGCCACCUUCCACCUCCACCGCCCCCUCCAGACCAUCAGCCACUCAUGCGACCUCCGCCCAAAAGACCACCAUCCCGCGGACCCUCCAUUAACCGCUCACCCCCAGGACCUCCACCAGCCCGGGCUCCCCCAGGCCCCCGCAGACCCCCACCUUCACGACCCCCACCCUGCCCUGGGAACAGUCAGUGAGAACAAUGGAGGGCCUUCACUGCCACCCUAAAAUCUCAGCCUUUAAUUCAAAUUUGUGAAAUUUACCAAAGCUACUGGUUUCCCACAGGUUCAGAUCGACGAGGGAGUGAAAUGUGAGGUACGCUAUUAAAUAUAAAGCUUCUUUAUUGGAAUCUGUGGGUCCAUGAAGAACCUUUACACUCUUAAAGGGAUAUUUCACCCAAAAUUUUAAUUUUUUCACCAUUUUCUCGCACUCAAGUGUUUCUAAACUUUUAUUUUAAAAAAAAUGUGUUGGAGUUUUGGUAAAAAGCAGCCUUUAUUUGUUGCUUUUUUUGUAAAGCUCUUUGAAAAGCAACUUUUAAAGGCUCUAUACAAAAUACAUUUAUUAUCAAAGAAACUCAAACUGGUUUGGAACAACUGGAGGAUGAUUAUAUGAUGGUAGAAAAUAGAUUUUUGGUUGAACUAUCACUUUAAAAAUCAAUUGUAUAAAUUUUUUCACAGGAAUUCCAUUGAAGAGCCAUUUUGGUUCACACUUCAUUUUGGUUAACAGUUUUUAAAAUUAUCUUUUUUUAAUGUGAAGAGCAUUUGAACAAUUUUUUAGAAGCAAGGAACUUUUCUACAACAUAUUCUUUUAGCUUUUACGAUGUUCUUCACACUAGGGAAAUCCGCCCAAAAAUCACUGCAAAAACCCAAGUUCUGACUGUUUUUAAAGUGUCUAUGUUCUUACAGUUUUUUUUAAUCGCUAACAAGCGUUUACCCAUACUUCAGAUACUUUUUCUAAACUCUUAACACAGACUUACACCUACAAAACUGCAAAAUUGUGUCCUGGCAAAAUUCACUCAAUAGGCCCUUACCCACCAUGGCCUCCCAAUCAUUCCCAUCCACUGAAUUGGCUGCAUCACUGUCUCUCCACUCCCCCUAUAGCUGGUGUGUGGUGAGCGCACUGGCACCAAUGUCCUGUGGCUGCUGUCGCAUCAUCCAAGUGGAUGCUGCACACUGGUGGUGGUGUGGAGAGACCCCCCUCAUGAUUGUGAAGCGUUUUGGGUGUAUGGCCAUAUAUAAUAAAUGUGCUAUAUAUAAAUGCACUUACACAUUAUAAAACACAAUUGGCCAAAUGGAUAAUUUUCUUCUCAAAACAACAUUUUGUUAAAUAUAUACUAACUUUUCAUUUCAAAAAAAGAGCACAUCUUUCUCUGCACACACUAACUUUACCUAAACACUAGAAAUCUGACUUAGAAUGAAAUGAUUCUGUCAAAGAAUAACACUUGUUUUCACUUCACAAGGUACAUGCAGUCAAUCAAAGUACACCAGGUUUCAAAAUACUGGCUAUUGUUGACAUUAGAAAACUGCAGAGACUUUUUAGUUUUACAUGUAGUUGCAUGUAAAACAUGCAAUCCACCAUUUUGACACUAAAUUUCUUGGUCGGGAACUGUAUGUCCGCAUGAACAGUAAUGUUCACAUUCAAAAGCAUUCCAGUAAAAAACAAAUACGUUUUUUUUCUUUACUGUUUACUACAGGAGGUACAGUAGGAACACGGUAUGAUAGAACAGAAAAGGUUUUACAGCAUUGCUUACGGUGAACUAAACAUCCAUGAAACACACAAGAGCAUUCUGAACAAAACAAGACAACAGCAAAAAGCCCAGAUAAAAAGGGGGAUCUAAAAAAAAAAUCUGAAAAUUACUGUUUCUAAUUUUUGCUAUGGGCAACACGGUGGCACAGUGGGUAGCACAAUCGCCUCACAGCAAGAAGAUCGCUGGUUCGAGCCCCUACUGGGUCAGUUGGCAUUUCUGUGUGGAGUUUGCAUGCUCUCCCGGUGUUCGUGUGGGUUUCCUCCGGCGCUCCGGUUUCCUCCACAAGUCCAAAGACAUGCUAUAUAGGUGAAUUGGAUAAGCUAAAUUGGCCAUAGUGUAUGUGUGUGUAUGGAUGUUUCCCAGUAAUGGGUUGCAGCUGGAAGGGCAUCCGCUGCAUAGAACAUAUGCUGGAUAAGUUGGCGGUUCAUUCCGCUGUGGCAACCCCUGAUGAACAAAAGGGACUAAGCUGAAAAGAAAAUUAGUAAAUGAAUGAAUGAAUGAAUCUCUGCGAUCUUCAUGGUUAGGCCACAUGUUUUCAUCAACAUCACUCCUCAAAGUCCUCCUUUCACUGUAUAACUGUAAAUAUAAUCCCUGCCACUGAGUCUAAGCCAGACUGGAAUCAGCUGUGGUUGGCCCAGUUUAUCCAACAUAAAUCAGCUGUGUGUCAAUUAUUCAAUUGUUUGUUUAUUAUCAGCUGAGAUAUAUUUUUGAUAUUGAUAUUAUUUUUGAACUGAUAUCAUUGCAGAAGCAGAGUAUGGGAUUAACAUUCAUGAAUACAACAAAAAUUUUAUUGGGAGCUAUAGUUUUUCUGUUAAGAAAUGUAAAAGAAAAUUGUGGAAGUAUGUUCACUGACUGCAUAUUGGGUGAAAACAACAUGAAAUGUGUGAAUGGUAUGGCCAAAAAAAGACUGAUGCUGUGCUAAUUGUGUUUAGAAUUUGUGACAACUGGUUGGACAAACGCUUGUUAGCGACUGAAAAAACCUAAUAUAAAGAGGCACUGAAAGCGGGACUGCAUCAAUGCAUGAUUAUUCUACAUGCAAAAUGAAUUCAUUUUUAAGGCACUUAAAGAACUUUGAAUGUUAAUUUUGGGUAUUUGUUUAUCAAAUAUUGCAUAUUUUGGUAGAUGACUGCAUGUGCAAGAUUAGAACAUGCUUAAUAGAGUAAUUAUGUUAUACAGUAUGCUCAGUUUUAAUUUGUAGAUGAUAUAAAAUGGCCGCAUCUUUAAAAAAGAAAAUCUGACUUGUUGUGACUGCAGGGCAGUACUACAGACCUCUAAUUUAUUUAGCCUUGGGUUCCUGGUAGGCACUUGAAUAUAAAAUGACAGGGUGUCCACCACUGGUACAGGACGCUCAGCAUGAUAUUUGAUAUAAUAUAUAUUUGUCUUUUCCUUUGUGGAUCAUGGUAAUAAACAGUAGUCCUGAAGAGUAAGAAAAAAUUAAAGGUAAAAUUUUAUGUUCAUGGGUUGGACUCGUGUGAAUGUGUCUUUUGCUUUCAAGAAAAAAAGUGUAAAUAAUCCCAAUGUCUUCCCCUUAAUAUGAAAAUAAGAUCAACAUUAUAGACCUUUUUUAGGGAUGUAAAUAAAAACAAUGGUCCCAAUGUAGUUCCUGUUUUACAUUUUUAAUUUCUAUAGCUUCUACGAAAGAGCCACAUAUUGAUAAAUAUGUUAUGAUAGCUGUUUUAACAUUAAGUUAUGAUUGAUUUGCCUCUUGGUACAGUUAGGAUAUAGUUUGAUAACAGCAGGAAAUGUUCAUGGGCUAAUGACAUGACCACAUUGAAAUGGUCUAUCAAUCAGUGUAUACUUAGAAAAGGAAGGAAUGAUAAAGUAUUCAGUUUUAAAAUUGUUUAAUUUUGAGCUCAAGACUUAACAGGUAUGGCAGUGAAAUAAGCAAUAGCUUUAAAAGGAUACUCACCCACCAGCCAUCCAAGAUGUAUAGGUGAAUUUAUUUUGCAGUAGAACAUUAAACAAUAUUUUUCUUAGCUGAAA